GAAGGCCGAGGGCGCAGUUGACAUUGAUGCCAUCGUGGACCAAUGCUUGGAAGUGAAGGGAGGAAAGCCGGGCAAGUUGGUGAACAUCCCUGAAACACAGGUGAAGGGCUUGUGCACCCACGUUCGCCAGAUCUUUCUUGACCAAAGCGCACUUCUGGAGCUCGAAGCGCCGCUGAAGAUUUGCGGCGAUGUCCACGGCCAGUACCACGACCUGCUGCGACUGUUUGAGUACGGCGGCUUCCCUCCGGAGAGCAACUACCUCUUCUUGGGAGACUACGUGGAUCGAGGCAAGCAGAGCCUUGAGACGAUCACUUUGCUUUUCGCCUACAAGGGCAAGUUCCCGGAGAACUUUUUCCUUCUCCGUGGCAACCAUGAGUGCGCAUCCAUCACGCGCAUCUAUGGCUUCUAUGACGAGUGCAAGCGGCGCUACAACAUCAAGCUUUGGAAGCAGUUCUGCGACGUGUUCAACUGCAUGCCCGUGUGUGCCAUCAUCGAUGAGAAGAUCAUUUGCAUGCACGGUGGCUUGUCGCCGGAGAUCAGCAGCUGCGACCAGAUCAAGAAAAUCGUGAGGCCGACAGAUGUGCCAGACACGGGACUCAUUUGUGAUCUCCUCUGGGCGGAUCCAGACAAGGACAUUGCAGGCUGGGCGGAGAACGAUCGCGGAGUGUCGUUCAUCUUCGGCCCGGACGUGGUCACCAGCUUCCUCCAGAAGCAUGAUAUGGACCUGGUAUGCCGGGCACACCAGGUUGUGGAAGACGGCUAUGAAUUCUUUGCGAAGCGCCAGCUGAUUACCCUCUUCAGUGCUCCGAAUUACUGCGGCGAGUUUGACAACGCUGGG